AUGCAUAACCUCUUCAUCACAUUUCUCAUCAUGUUCUUCUCCUGCACUAAACCCUCCUCCGCCUUGCGCGGCGGAGUGCUCGUCGGCAGUUGGAAGCCGAUUCCUGACAUCACCGACCCUACAGUGAUCAGUAUCGGCAAGUUCGCCAUCUAUGAGCACAACAAGGAAUCUCAUGUAUCUCUCAAAUUUGCAAAAGUCAUCAAAGGAGAUCAACAAGUGGUCGCGGGAAUGAAUUACAACCUGACGAUCACGGCGUCCGACCGUGGAGUCAGGAAGAACUAUGUGGCGCUUGUUUGGGACAAACCAUGGCUGAAGUUCAGGAAGUUGGUGUCGUUUAAAGGACCUGUUUGA